GGGAAUCCUCCUGACUCUAAGAAUGAAAAAUAAAUGGUCACUUAUCUUUUGUCUGGCCAAGGUCCAGCCUCCUCAGUUGGCCUGCUGUUUUCGUCUUGGAGUAUGGAUCCACAGAGAAUGAAUUGUUUGCCCUGAGGGCCAUCUAUCUCCUGCUUCAGGGGAGGACAUCCAGUGAAAUGCAUUCCUGACCUGAUUGGACCAGAGAAACAAAAAAAGAAGUAUCCAGAUCUCUCAGCCCUGUUGUGCAGGUGGAUGUCACAUUCAGACGCUGAAGAUGGCAGCCACUGACCUGUCCUCAAUAUGGGCUCUGCCUGCACAGGACUCUGCCUGUUUCUGUAUGAGAAAUACUAAGGGGGAAAAGAUAGUGCCAGGAUUCCCAGCAACUUGGUUACAGGGACCAAUGUCUUUUAAAGAUGUGGCUGUGGAGUUCACCCAGGAGGAGUGGAUGAUGCUGGACUCUGCUCAACGAAGUAUGUACAGAGAUGUGAUGUUGGAAAACUAUAUAAAUCUCACCUUAGUGGAAUAUCAAUUAUGCAAGCCUGUGAUCUCCCUGUUGGGUCAGGAAGACAUAAGAACUGUGAAAAGCAGAAUUCCCCAAGACACCUGUCCAGACUGGGAGAUUCAAUUGAAAACUAAAGAGUCAACUUCUAAUCAGAAUAUUUUGGGUGAAGCAUCAUCUGGUGGCAUGAAAAUAAUAAGAUUCACAAUGGAUGAUUGGUCUUGUACAUUAAAAGAAGACUGGGAAUGCAGUAGAAUCAGAAAACAGCACAAGAUCCCAGAGGGAAUUUUGAGGCAAGUGACAUUUACUCAAAAGAAAACAGCAUCUCAGGAGAGAUUCUUUGACUAUCAUGAAUUAGAGGAAAACUCUAAACUUAGAUCAACACUUGUUUUUUCAAGGAGAGUUUCCACCAGUAAACAUUGUCAUAAAUGUUACUUAAAUAUUGAGUGUUUGAAGCAUAAUCCAAUCCUAAACAAUUAUGAAAAUAUCUCUGUAAGUGAGAGAGUCUGUGAAAGUCAUAAAUAUGACAGAACUCUGUGGCAUCUUGAAAGAACUCAGAUAGCACAGAAAGUGUACACAUAUUGCAAAUGUGAUACACACUUCAAACAUCAUAAUAUGCUUCCUAUAUGCAACAAUUUUCACAUGGUGGAGAAUUCCUAUGAAUGUAAUAAAAACAAUAUCUUUUGUUAUCAUUCAUCCCUUGAACAACAGGAGCAAACUCCCACUGAAGAGAAACAUGAAUGUAAUCAGUGUGGAAAAACUUUCAAAAGGAUUUCUAAUCUUAUUUUGCACAAGAGAAGUCACAUGAGUGAGAAACAAUAUGAAUGUAAAGAAUGUGGGAAAAUCUUCAAUGAUUCCUCAACCCUAAGGAGACAUGUAAGAACUCACACUGGGGAGAAACCUUACGAAUGUAAUCAGUGUGGAAAAGCUUUCAGUCAAAAAACAUCUCUUAAGGUUCAUGUGAGAACUCACACUGGAGAGAAGCCUUAUGAGUGUAAUCAUUGUGGAAAAUCCUUUGGCACAAGUUCUUACCUUAUAGUGCACAAGAGAAUACACAGUGGGGAGAAACGCUAUGAAUGUGAUGACUGUGGAAAAGCCUUCAACACAAGCUCUCACCUUAAAGUUCACAAGAAAAUACACACUGGAGAGAAUCUUUAUGAAUGCACUGACUGUGGGAAGGUUUUUAGUGGCCUCUCAUCUCUUAGAAUGCAUGUGAGAACUCAUACAGGGGAGAAACCCUACGAAUGUAAGGAAUGUAGGAAAACCUUCAGUGUUUCCUCUUCUCUUAGAAGACAUGUGAGAACUCACACUGGAGAGAAACCCUAUGAAUGUAUUCAGUGUGGAAAAACCUUCAGUCAGAGUUCUUCACUUAUUAUACAUAAAAGAAUUCAUACUGGAAGAGAAACCCUGUAACAGUUAAGAAUGUGAGGUUGCCUUUUUCAUUGUCUUAAGGUGGAUUUCAAGGUCAUUGUUUCAGUGUUUGUUCUUUACAAUAAGCAUUUGAGGCUAUCAAUAGUACUAUAAACACACCUUUAGCUAUAUAACACGUUUAGGUCUAUGAUUAUUUGUUUUGUUUUAAAUCUAAAUGUUGUCUAAUAUUUACUAUGACAUUAAAUCUUUUUUGAUCCAUAACUGUUUAAAAUUAUGUAUUUUUAAUGUUUGCAGUUACCUUAUUGAUUUUUAAGUUAACUGUAUUUAAGUUCAAAGUAUCUGAACUAUAUGAUACUACUUUACUAGCAUUUUCCUGAGAGUUGCUUUCUGGUCUGGUGUGACAAAUAUUGCUAGUAGCCAAAUGAAUAUUCAGUUCAUCCCUCCCUACUGGCAAUCCUGUUUUAGGUUAUAAUAUCAGUGUGUCUAAUUAUAGAACUCUUUUCAGCUGCUUUGCUGCCAUGUGGAUCCAUUCCCCUCAUUCCUGAUGAAUCAAAUAUAGACAGUAUUACUGGGGACAGAUCUAUCUAGUGUUUUCUCUUUGCCUUUUGCACUUUGUCAUUCUAUCUUCCCUAGUCUUCUCCCUUUGGAUUUUGCACUCAUAGAGCUGAAUGAGCCAUUUUGUGACCCAGGAGGAUAACAAGCAUGGAAUAAAUAAAGAUGAUGUCAGAGAGAUCACGGUUUCACAAAGAUAUCCUCAAACAGUUGUGUCAGCACUACACUGCUUAUAUUUGGGCAUAUUUUUAUAUGAGAAAAAUAAGCUUAUUGGAAUAGAGUCAAUACAGUAACCUUGUUUUUAAAAAAGGCAAAGGUCACAAGGUUUGUAGAGUUAAAUAUUUUAUGCUGACUGUACAAAUUUGGAUAAGAACAUAGAAAAGGGAGGAAUGGAAGUGAUAUGUUGAUAGAACUUUUGGGCUUAGUGUAGAGUGGAUGGAGCUGAGGUCAUUGAAAGCAGGUGUCAGAGAGGCAGGAAGGAAAUCCCAACAUUUAAGCAUGAGAAAACCAGUGAGUCUUCAAGUCAAGGGGAAGUUACCAAUUUUAAAUGCUGAAUGAACCCUUGAGAUUUGCUACUUGGCCUUACAGAUACUGACCAGAGUAGCUCCAAUUUAUUAAGAAAAUACAGAAAGAGGGACUUAUGAUGGAAGAAAAAAAGCAGUAGUCACAAUUUUAGCCUUGCUCACAUUAUAUGAGACAUUAGAUUAGCAGGCUUAUAUGUUGUUCUGGACCUGAGGAGAUGUCUAGGAUGGAGAUAUAAUUUUAGCAACAUCAGGAGAUAGACUGGGUAAUGGGUUUUGUGGAGGUGACUAAAAUUGCACAGGGAAAAUAGAUGGUGUGAAAAGAGAAUGUCUACCACUGACCAUGGAGACCUAUAUCUAAAGUAAGUAAAACUAGAGUUUUACUAAACCAGGACAAAUUAGUGUUUGAAGAAGGAAGGUAAAAUCGGUUGUUUAAAUGCUACUAUGAGGUUAAAUAGAUGAAUUCUUAAACAACAACAACAACAUAGCAACAUGAAGAUUAUUGUUGAUCUUAGGGUAUGUUGAGGAUGGGUGGUAGAUUGGGAUGAGUUUAAUGAUAAAGGACGAGGAAAUAAAGAAUAAACAUGGACAAAUUUGGAUAGUAGGAGAAAGACAGGGAAAUUGCUGAAAAGAGAUUUGGUCAAGGUGUUAUAGCCAAACGUUCCAGGAAGCAAACUCAAUCAGAAGGACAGCGUGGAGAGUGGAGUGCAGUUUAUUUAUUUUUUUAAAACUUUAGUAAUUUUGGCUGUGCUGGCUCUU